GAAGCGUUGUACGUACCACCAGUUGUCUACAUGAAUUUGCGGAGACCUACAAGCAUAAUUAUGGUUCGGCCGUCGCAUGCAUUGGUAUAUUUUAAACAAGAACGUGAAUAUGAUAUAGUGGCGGUAGCAGAUAUUAAAAAAUUUAAACCUAAGAAUUUGAGCGACUUAAAAAAAAACAAGGUGUAUGCUGUCAAGUGGGGCAAUAGGCCUAAUUCUAAAAAUGGUCAGACUCAGACUCAGUGUUAUGAAGCGUUUAUUUUGCAGUUGGCUGAAUCUGAGGAUGUGUUGCAACAAGAUAUACUGACGUCAGAUGCUCGUCUGAGGAUUCCUAAUGUCACUAUAUCAGAGCCUUUAACUGAAACAAAGGAUGAGAGUACUAGCAUAGAGGUUGCUCAAAAGCAGUUAGUUGCAAAUGAAAAGAAACAGAAAUCUGAAAAGCAAGUAGCAGCAAGCAAGCAUAUCCAAUUUUUGAAGUUAAUUUGGAUUCUUCAUCGGAUGAGGAGUACACAUUUGGUGGGAGUAACAGCAUUGAAAGAUGGGCCUUAUAGCCUGGCUACUGAUGGUAGUAAUGAUUAUUGUGAUACAAAACUUUAUCCUGUUCUAUGUCCUCCUCAUAACCAGGUGGAAGAUAGGCUAAAUUCACUGGAGUCAUGCCAAAAAUGCAAUGGCCCAACCAUCUAUUGCCAGUGGACUAGCGUGAAGUGUGAAGACCCAGGUGCUUCUAGUGAAGAAGCUAAAGACGUAGUGUAUAGCCCUGGUAUGGGAGAACAGACUGAAGAUCAGGAGACAGAAAAAGGUGAAUGA